AAGAAAGAGAGGGAAACCCUAAUCUAUCCUUCUUACCACUCACCAGAGCGACUGUAGCUUCGCAUCUUUUUACGUAGAAGAAACAAAAGCUUAACUCCAUGGAUUCAAACCCAUUUCUCUCUCUUUUUGGAGCACAAGCGACCCCAGCUUCAACGGAGGCGUCUCGACAACAACAAUCAUCCCCAUUGAAGGUUUCUCCUUCCAAUUCUUCAGGUUCUCUUCCUAUCCGAGCUCCUCCUACCUCUGAUUCUGAUACUGAACCCAUUAUAAAAAAUCAUAAGAAAGGCAACAAUACUGAUAGUACCGAUGGUAGUUACGAAUCGGAUGGCUUCUUGAGUGGUGAGGAAGAUUUUGUAACCGCAUCUGAGAGGCCUUUCUUUACCGACCCAGAUGAAGAAACCCGAGAUUUUGCAACUGAAAGGAAGGUUAUUGGUGUUCCAUUCGUAAGGAAAAGCGACAUGGAGGACGAGAUUGUCCCUGUUGUCGAACCUGUUAUGGAUUCCUCGGUUUUCUCGCCCUCCAAGACUGUGAGGCCUAUUGCGCAGUUGUCAGGGGUCGACGAUGAAGAGGAUAAUGUUGUUGGAGACGAAGGGUUGAUCAGUGGGGUGGAGGAGGAGGUAGAAGCUCCUCAAGUUAGGGUUCUGGGGGAUGAUGGAGAAGAGGAGUCUCAUGGAGACGGGGACUCACCACCUGGCGAGGUGUUGGGUUCGGGUUUAAGGGAGAAAGACGGGAUUCCUGAGUCACAGUGGGUUGCUACGCAGAGUUCUAAGAUGAGCAAAGAAGAGAUUCGUAAACCUGAAAACGGAAUUUCAGGUUCUGAAGAAAAGGAGCCUUCUGUUGAAAGGAAUUCCCUCGGGAAUCCAGUUUUGAAUGAAUUAGUCCAAAACAUCCCGGAGUCUCCCGCCGAGGAUAAAGUGGCUACCGAACAGGAUAUUUUUCCUGAAAAUCUGAAACUGGAUGUAUGUCAUGAAAGCGCUGCAAUCAAAACUUCGGAGCUGGAAGCGACCGAGUUGGAAGACAAGGUUGUGGAGGAGAAGAGUGAGGUGCUGGUUGGUGAUGACGCUGUUGAGGGGAACCCUGCCUUGGAAGGAGAUUCUGUUGUUGAUGCUAAAGAAUCUAUUGAGAUGGCGGAGGAGAGCUCAAUUUUUGGCGAUCAAACAACCUCUGUCAUUGAAGAUCCUGAUGAACCAAAGCUUGUGGAUGCUGAUGGCAUAAAUUCUGGUAGUGGAGGUGAUUCAGUUGUUGAAGCCGAACAGCCAAUUUUAUCAAGUUCGGAAUCUAACACUGGGAACCCUGAGGAGCAGAGGGCUUCGGAAACUGAACGAGUGGAGGUUGAGAAAAGCGUGAGUUUGGAUACUGGUUCUGUUCAAGCAAGCCCUUGUAUUGAAGAGCCUCGGAACUUGCAAAUCAUUGAAGCGGAUUCCGGUGUUGUGGAGGUAGAGGAGCGGGGUUCUGUAGACCAUAGCAGUUUGGAUAGGGACCCUGAAACUGUAAACUCUGUCAUUGAAGCACAAAAAUUAGGGUCUCAGGUGUUGAACCCUAUAGUUCCAGAAGGGGAGAAAGGUGACUAUCCGGAUGCAGUAUUUUCUUUUAUUGAUUCUAUAGUGGAUGGUUGUGAAGAUAGCCAGAAGGAAGGAAACAAUGGUGGUGCUGCUGACGGAAGAGUUUAUCUCAGUGAAGAUAAGGACUAUGCUAGACCUGAGCUGGAAAAUAAAUCUACAGAACUGGAUUCAGCAGAGGAGGCAAAGUCACAGCUUAUUGUUGCUGGGGAGUCCAAAAAUUCAGAGAGUGGUGAUGCUUGCGGAACUGCUCAUGGUGGGGGACUAGAGGAUGGCAUAUCCAGCAAAUUGGAGGAACAUGAACCUGUAGUACGUAGUUUCUUUGUGGACUCCGAAGUACAACAGGAAGCUGAUGAUGAAGCUAACCCAGAGCCAGAUGAUGAUGAUGAAGAAGAAGAAGAUGAUUAUGAUGAUGAUGGAGCUUCCAUUUCAGAUGAAGAUGCUGAAGGUCUGAUCUUCGGAAGCUCUGAAACCACCAAGCAGAUCAUGAAGGAGUUGGAACAAGGAUCAGCUUCUCACUCGGGAGCUGAAAGUUCUCAGGACCUCUCUCAGAGAAUUGAUGGACAGAUUGUCACAGAUUCUGAUGAAGAAGCUGACACUGAUGGGGAGGGAGAUGGAAAGGAGUUAUUUGAUUCUUCCGCAUUGGCUGCUCUUCUGAAAGCAGCAACUAAUGCAGGAUCAGAUGGUGGCAGCAUCACAAUCACAUCUCCAGAUGGUUCAAGGCUUUUCUCUGUUGAGCGUCCAGCUGGUUUAGGAUCCUCAAUCCGGUCUAUGAGACCUGCUCCUAGACCAAACCGUCCCAAUCUUUUUGCUCCUUCAGACCUCACAGUGGGGGAAGAAUCAGAGAACAACCUGAGUGAAGAAGAAAAGAAAAAGCUGGAGAAUGUACAGCUUACAAGAGUGAAGUUCUUGAGGCUUGUUCAGAGGCUAGGCCAUUCUCCUGAAGACUCCAUAGCCGCGCAGGUUCUAUACCGGCUGGCCCUUGUUGCUGGGAGGCAAACCAAUCAAGCUUUCAGCCUUGAAAGUGCAAAAAAGACAGCAAUGCAGCUUGAAGCAGAAGGCAAAGAAGAUUUGGACUUCUCUCUGAACAUUCUGAUCCUUGGGAAAACUGGGGUGGGCAAGAGUGCUACCAUAAAUUCCAUUUUUGGCGAGGAGAAGUCACUGAUCGAUGCAUUUGAGCCAGCCACAUCAACUGUAAAAGAGAUCGUUGGAGUGAUAGAUGGUGUUAAAAUCCGGUUCCUAGACACACCGGGUCUCAGACCGUCUGCAAUGGAACAGUCUUUCAACAGGAAGGUCUUAUCAUCCAUAAAGAAAUUCACAAAGAAAUUCCCGCCAGAUAUUGUCCUUUAUGUUGAUCGGCUGGAUGCUCAGACUAGAGACCUUAAUGAUCUACCAUUAUUAAGAUCCAUCACCAGCACACUUGGUUCUCCAAUCUGGCGUAGUACCAUUGUUACUUUGACUCAUGCUGCUUCGGCACCCCCAGAAGGACCAUCUGGGUCACCCUUAAGCUAUGAUGUAUUUGUUGCUCAGCGCUCCCAUGUUGUUCAGCAGUGUGUUGGGCAAGCGGUUGGUGAUAUGCGUCUGAUGAAUCCUAGUCUGAUGAAUCCAGUGUCUCUUGUUGAGAACCAUCCCUCAUGCAGAAAGAACAGAGAAGGCCAAAGAAUUCUUCCCAAUGGCCAGAGUUGGAGACCCCAGUUAUUGCUCUUGUGCUACUCUAUGAAGAUUCUAUCUGAAGCUAGUUCCCUGUCGAAACCUCAAGACCCAUUUGACCACCGAAAGCUCUUUGGUUUCCGUGUUCGCUCACCGCCUUUACCCUACUUAUUGUCUUCACUGUUGCAAUCCCGUGCACACCCAAAACUCUCUACCGAACAGGGUGGCGAUAAUGGUGACUCUGAUAUCGACUUGGGGGACUUAUCAGAUUCAGACCGGGAAGAAGAGGAGGAUGAGUAUGAUCAGCUGCCACCAUUUAAACCUCUAAGGAAGACUCAGGUUGCAAAGCUCAGCAAGGAGCAGAGAAAGGCUUAUUUUGAUGAGUAUGAUUAUCGGGUGAAGCUCCUUCAGAAGAAACAGUGGAGAGAAGAGUUGAAAAGAAUGAAGGAGACCAAAAAGAAGGGAAAGGAUAGUCAGGAUGAUUAUGGUUACAUGGGAGAAGAUGUUGAUCAGGAAGAUGGACUUCCAGCGGCUGUUCCAGUUCCCUUACCUGACAUGGUCCUGCCCCCUUCUUUUGAUGGAGAUAAUCCUGCUUACAGGUACCGGUUCUUGGAGCCAACAUCACAGCUUCUGGCAAGGCCUGUUUUGGACACCCAUGGUUGGGACCAUGAUAGUGGUUAUGAUGGUGUCAGCCUUGAAGAGAAUCUGGCAAUAGCUGGCCGGUUUCCAGCUGGGUUUGCUGUCCAGGUGACGAAAGAUAAGAAGGAGUUCAAUAUCCACUUGGAUUCAUCUGUUUCAGCUAGGCAUGGGGAUAAUGGAUCAACACUGGCUGGUUUUGACAUCCAAACCAUUGGAAAGCAGCUUGCGUACAUCCUCAAAGGUGAAGCCAAAUUCAAAAAUUUUAAAAAGAACAAGACAGCUGCUGGUGUAUCGGUUACUUUCCUAGGUGAAAAUGUUGCCACAGGACUCAAAGUUGAGGAUCAGAUAGCAAUUGGAAAACGCCUUGUUUUUGUUGGUAGUACUGGUGCUGUCCGAUCACAAGGUGAUGUUGCUUAUGGAGCUAACUUGGAGGCACGCCUUAAAGAUAAGGAUUAUCCAAUCAACCAGGAUCAAUCUACGCUGGGGCUUUCUUUGAUGAAGUGGAGAGGUGACUUGGCCCUGGGGGCUAAUCUGCAGUCUCAGUUCUCCAUUGGGCGGAAUUCUAAGGUUGCUGUUCGUGUUGGAUUGAACAACAAACUCAGUGGGCAGAUCACGGUUCGGACAAGUAGCUCGGAACAACUUCAGAUUGCUCUGAUGGGUGUUCUUCCGCUAGCCAUUGCCAUCUUCAGGAGCAUCUGGCCUGCUGGUGAGACAUACUCUGGUUACUAAUUUGUUUUCAUUCCUAUUCCUAUGGAGGUUGUCAGAAGAUAGAUUAGAAGUUUUAAGUGUCAUUGAGUCAUUUUGUCUUGCUUUCUAAAUAAUGGUUUGAAUAUUCAAUAUGAACGGCUUUCAAUAUUUAGAUUCAUGUUAUUUGGCGUAAUGAAUUGUAGUCAAAUGACGUGGAACCAAGAGGGCAGCUGAUAAUAAUACCAUCAUAGCAUUGAUAUUGAUUUUGGUUCA